UCGAGAAUAUGGACACAACACCCCAUCUUGAUUCUAGGGUUUUAUCCCUCAUAUUCCUCUCUCUCCUCUCCUCUUUUGUCUUUGUUCACUGUCAGAGUGACGACGCUUCAGUAAUGCAGGCUCUCAAGCAGAGCAUCAACCCUCUGAGUUCACUCGGCUGGACCGACUCAGACCCCUGCAAAUGGCAGAACGUGGGUUGCUCCAGCGACAAUCGAGUCACCCGAAUCCAAAUUGGGCAUCAGAAGCUGAAAGGCUCUUUUCCUCCGAGUCUCGUCAAACUCACUUUCUUGCAGAGACUCGAGUUCAUGUCCAACCAACUCACUGGUCCGGUUCCGAGUUUGUCCGGGUUGAGUUCUCUCCAGUUCUUGUUCCUCAACAACAACAAUUUCUCUUCCAUUCCCUCCGACUUCUUUCUCGAAAUGACAUCUCUUCAAGGUGUUUAUCUCGAUUACAACCCCUAUUCGCCGUGGCGAAUCCCGAAAAGUCUCCAAAACACCUCAGCUCUCCAGGUUUUCUCUACCAGUGCGGCCAAUAUAAUCGGAAACAUUCCCGAAUUCUUUGGCGGGUUUGUGAAUCUGGGUUCCUUGCAUUUGGCAUUCAACAAUCUCGAGGGUGGAUUACCGGGAAGCUUUUCGGGUUCAUCGAUUCAGUCUCUGUGGUUGAAUGGGCAACGGGGUAUUAGUUCUAAGCUCAAUGGCUCAAUUGGGGUGAUACAGAACAUGACCCAAUUGAACCAAGUGUGGUUACAUUCCAAUUCUUUUUCAGGUCCUUUACCGGAACUUUCAGGGCUAACUGGGUUGCAGAAUUUCAGUGUUAGGGACAAUCGGAUCACGAGUUUAGUACCCGUGUCUCUUGUGAACCUUCCAUCGCUUAAAGUUGUGAAUUUGACAAACAAUCUGUUACAAGGCCCGACCCCAAAAUUUCAUUCUUUGGUUGCAGUUGAUAUGACAAUUGGGACUAAUAGUUUCUGCUUAUCUGAUCCUGGUGUUGGUUGCGAUUCCCGGGUUAAUACAUUGCUUACGAUUGCACAAUCUGUUGGUUAUCCAACGGUGUUUGCGGAUAGUUGGAAAGGGAAUGAUCCUUGUGUCCAAUGGAUGGGUCUCACUUGUUCUAAUGGAGACAUUACUAUUGUCAAUUUUCAGAAAAUGGGUCUUAGUGGUAAGAUUGCUCCCAAUUUUUCAUCAAUUACUUCGUUGCAGAGACUAAUACUUGCUAAUAACAAUCUUACGGGUACUAUCCCUAAUGAGCUCACAACUUUGCCUAACCUAAGAGAAUUAGAUGUUUCGAACAACCGACUUUAUGGGAACAUUCCAUCUUUUCAGAGUAAUGUACUUGUAAAAACUGACGGGAAUCUGGAUAUUGGGAAAGAUAGUGUUAGUCCAUUGCCGGGUACGCCCUCAGUUAGUGGAACAAAGACUUCAAGAAGUAGUGGCAAUAAGUCGACUGGUGUGGUUGUGGGUUUGGUAAUUAGUUGUAUUUGUGCAGUAUUGGCUGUUGGGGUUAGUGUGUUCUGCAUUUGUAGGGCUAAACAAAAGCAUUCUUGUAUGGUGCAGAGUCCAAAUGCCAUGGUGGUUUGUCCUCAUCAGUCAGGUUCAGACCAUGAUGCUGUUAAGAUUACCAUUGCUGAUUUGGGUUUGACUGGUGGGACAACGGGUGAAACAUACAGUCAUGACAGUCGUAGACCUAGUGAUAUUCAUGUUAUUAAAGCUAGAAAUAUGGUAAUCUCCAUUCAAGUUUUGAAGACUGUGACCAACAAUUUUAGCGAAGGGAACAUAUUGGGAAGAGGAGGAUUUGGAAAAGUUUACAAAGGAGAGUUGCAUGAUGGGACUAAGAUUGCAGUUAAGAGGAUGGAGUCUGGAGUGGUGAGUGACAAGGGUUUGGAUGAGUUCAAGUCUGAGAUUGCAGUGCUUACUAAGGUUCGACAUAGGCAAUUGGUUUCUCUCUUGGGUUGCUGCUUGGAUGGAAAUGAGAGGCUACUGGUUUAUGAAUACAUGCCUCAAGGGACUCUUAGUAGGCACCUGUUUCACUGGAACGAGGAAGGGUUGAAACCCCUUGAUGUUUGA